UUUUGUUAUUCUUUUUAGAUUACUCAUUUUGUGUAUAUAAUUCUAAUUAAUAUUAAAUAUAAAUCUUUUCAAGUAUUUUUCAAUUUAUAAGAGAACUAUUGUAGUCAUGGAAAUAUAUAAAAUUAUUAGAAAACAGCCAUGCAAGUGGAAUUUAAAUGACACUCUGCAGUGGCUGGAGCUUAUUGGGAUGAAAUAAUAUUAGUAAACAUUUCGAGAAAAUUCAGUCGAUGGGUCAAUUUUAAUGGAUUUAAGUGAAUAAGAUUUAGAAAAUGAAUUGCAGAUCAAGACUGAAAAUGAUAAAAAUGAGAUAUUAAAAAGAUAAAGAGAAGAAAUGCCUAAGAUAAAAGCUAUUCAUAAAGAAAAGGAAGAAUUUAAAAAAUACAAAAUUGAAAAAAUAGAUUUCAACUCAUCCAAUAAAUAUGAGAUUAGCGAUGAUGUAUUAAAAGAAAUUAGAUUAAAAUUUAAUAUCCACAAUGACUGGGAGAUUUGCACUGAUCCUAGGGAAUUAGGAUACGUAAUUACUGAUGAAGAAUGCUACUAUUUAUCAAUUUACAGAUUUGAAUAUAAAGAAAAUGUUCAAAUUUAAGUAAAAGAUACCAUCAAUUAAUGUGAUUUAAGCAUAGGUAAAGACUCUUCUCAAAAUUAAAUUUCAUCUGAUCAUAAAUAUUUUGAUCCUAUUCAUGCCAAUAUAGUGUUUGAUAAUGUUGAAAAAGUUUAUUGGUUUGUAGAUUGUAAUACGCAGUAUGGAUCAUAUGUUAGAAUAAAUGGUAAUAAGAUUAGCAUCUUAGAUGAAUAUAUCAUUGGAAACAGCGUUAUAAAAAUAAAUAAGAUCACCAGAAAAGAAUAAGAUAAUUAAAGUGUUUAGUUGGAUUUUAGUUUAGUGACUGAAAAAGGACUUACUACAAAUUUAACCAUUUAAGUCUGUAAAGGUAUCUAAAAGUGGAUAGGAAGAGAUUCUACUUGUGAGAUUGUGUUGGAUGAUAUGGAGGUAUCGAAAAAACAUGCUUACUUAUCUAUGAAUUAAGAUGAAGUUUUUAUUUACGACAAUAAUUCUAAGAACAAUUUAUGGAAAAAGAUAAACUCAAUUAAGUUUAACAACUCGUAGGAGCCAUCUCUAGAAACAAUAUAAAUGAAAUUGGGGAGAGAGAAGUUUUCUUUCCUAGUUUACAAAUAAAAAAAGUAGAAAUAUUAUAAAGAGAUACAUGACUAUUUAAAAUGAUUAAAUAUUUAUUUCCAUAUUUAUUUUUAUAUUUGUAUCUAGAUAGUAACAUUAAUUAAACUUUUUUCAAUGAUCAA